GGAUAUGCUACAGACAUGUGGGGAGAGGGGGCCUUCUCUAAUGCUUAUGACUUGUCUGCCUCAACAUUCUCUCCCGAUGGAAGGGUUUUCCAAGUAGAAUAUGCUAUGAAGGCAGUGGAAAACAGUAGCUUUAUGUUAGGAUCAUAUGAUAAAGAUGAUGGAGCACAGCUGUAUAUGGUUGACCCAUCCGGUGUUUCAUAUGGUUACUGGGGAUGUGCAGUUGGAAAGGCUAGGCAAGCAGCAAAAACAGAAAUUGAAAAACUACAGAUGAAAGAAAUGACUUGCCGAGAAGUUGUAAAAGAAGUUGCAAAAAUAAUCUAUGUAGUCCAUGAUGAAGUUAAAGAUAAAGCUUUUGAACUUGAGCUCAGCUGGGUUGGAGAAGUAACAAAUGGUAGACAUGAAAUUGUACCAAAAGACGUCCGAGAAGAGGCUGAGAAGUAUGCUAAAGAUUCUCUGGAAGAGGAGGAGGAGUCUGAUGAUGAAAACAUGUAAUUAAUCACUUUAACACUACUUUUUAUUCAAACUCUGGAUUUUGAAUUUUAAGGCUGUAAAUUUGUGCUCCAUAUUCUUUUUAUGGGUAAAUUGUACAAAGUGGUGUAUGCAUAAUUUCCAGUAAAAGUCUUACAAAAUCA